UAGCAGAUGACAAGUCAACUCCAAGAUUCCCCACCCACCACACAAACCCACCCACCAGGACGCAAAAUCCCCUCAUUCUCUUUCUGAAAAAUGGCAACAGCAACCGCCCCUCCAUCCACCGCCCCACCCGGCACACCCCUCCGCCCCGCCCGCGCAACCCCCCCAUCCUCCGCCGGCACUCGAACAAGCACUUCCGCACGCCCAAGCAGCUCCCGAGCCAAAUCCGCCGGCAAGAACAAGGAGGUUAUUCGGAAGACUGAGGAAGCGGAGGAGGGUGGUCGGAAGGGGGUUUGGGAGGUUAUUCAGGACCGGAUUGGUGCACCUCUUACAUGGACGUUUCUCACAGCGGCGGACAUUACGGCGCUGAACGGGUUUACAGGUCCGGAGGAUGUUGUGAGCAAAUUCGCACAACUGUUGGGACUAGAUGGCGUGCAUCGCAAGGAUCUGUUUGCGGGGAUAAGCGUUAUGUUUCAUGUUGGGAAUUACAUGUAUGCAAAGGAUAAGGGUUUCACGGACGCAGAAACAGCGGCAUUUUGUGCGAUAUUGAAGACUUGUUUGGAGAAUGGCAAGCACCUCACCACCCUCGACAAAGCCCUCACGCACACCCAAGAGCUGCUCAUCGCCCACACCGGCUCGGCUUCUCAAUCACAGAUUCAGUCGACACCAGAAGCACCGACAGGCGAGAAAGCCCAAUGGGAGGUGUUCCGCCCAGAGGUGGUCGACAUCAUCACCGACUACAUUGUCCUCACAUUUUUGCAGCAUUUCCGAUUAUACCACUACACCCUAACCCACCCUCAACCCCCGCACACAACCACCCACACCCUCCACCUCAAUGAACCCCCAACCCUCACCCCGCCCACACGCACCGGCAGCGGCUCAAAAUCCAGCCGGCCCUCCACCCGUUCCCGCAAAUCCACCGCCAAACCCCUCGCCACCUGGCCACCCCCCCUCUCCAGCCACCUACCCCUCGCCAUCCACGAAGCGCAAAAGGCGGAGCAGGCGCAACGCGAGCGCGAGCGGAUAGCUGCUGAAGCCGCGUUGAGGGAGGAGGAGAGGAAAGCGAGGGAGAACCCGUUUGGGGUACUUGAUAAUGAGAGUGUUAAGAAUGUGGCGGUGGAGGUUGUGGCGGAGAUGCUUGCGGCGGUGGGGAGGGAGGUGGAGGCGAGGUUGGAGGAGGGACGGGGGAGGUUUUUGGAGAGAGUUGGAGGGGUCAAGUAGGGAUAUGUUGAAGGGCUGUUCUGGGGAUGUAUCGGUGUGUUUUGCGAGAUGUGCACCCUUUCAAGAUGUAACCAUAUGUGCACAGCAGGGGAAUUAGCUGAAAACAUAGCUGACUACGCAAUCACCUCGGCCGCUCAUAAACAAUCUCAAUCCUCCCCACCCCAUCCGGAUCAACCUGCGCAACAUCCGAAUACUUCCUCGUCAGCCGCUUCCUCU